AAUAAUCUCCACUGUUCCCAAAAACCACUUAGCUUCACUUAAUUCACUUCUCUUCUUCAGUUUCCCUAAAAAAUAAAAAACCAAUUCCGAUUCCGAUUCCGAUUCUCUCUCUCCUCCGACAAUGGAAACUGCCAUUUCUCUGAAAUUUUUCAUCUCUCUCACGGCGGUUCUCCUCAGUUUUACGGCAGGAUUUUCGUCCCUUCCGACGGCCGACCGCCGCACUCUCGCCGGCGCUAAAUACCAAAUCGAAUGCACAAUGUGCUCUGCUUGUGACAAUCCCUGCGGCCAGUAUCUGUCUCCACCACCUCCUCCGCCGUCCCCUCCUCCAUCCAUCGACUGCCCACCACCACCUUCUCCCCCCAGCUCCGGUACCUACUAUUACUCUCCUCCGCCACCUCCAUCUCAACCCACCUACACAUACUCCUCCCCGCCGCCGCCGCCUGGCAACUACGGACCGAGCGGGUACUACCAACCGCCUCCGUACAGUAACUACCCGGCCCCCCCACCGCCGAACCCGAUUGUACCGUAUUUCCCAUUCUAUUUUCACACUCCGCCACCGGGCUCCGCCGCUGCCGGCCGUUUGACGAACUCUUGGGCUUGCUCUGUUCUUACUGUUCCUCUGUUUUUCUUCUUACUUGCUUUGUUUUAAAUGCAAAUAGCAGAGCACAGAAACUUGCAAUAAUGGCGGAUUUUGCAGAUCUAGGAAAUUGAUGGAGCAAAAAACGGGAGAGAUUGAAAAAAAGGGGUUUCGAUCUUCAGGAAUUUCCGGUAAUGAAAGUUUUCUCAUCCAAAAAUCGCCCAGAAUCUCCUCCUUUCUAACUCCAUUGUUAUUUGAAUCGAUUUGUAAAUCUGCUCAAAAUAUAUAAAUCAUAUGUGUUUUUACUUGUAUUCUUAAUUCAAUUCGUCCAAGGAACAACAAAAACAAAA